CUGUCCCUUCAAUUGUCUGUUCACUCGCAAUGCCCUAUAUCAAUCCACAACACUCGUUUGCAAGCUCCAGCAGCUCCGACGCCUUUGAUCCACCACAACACCCCCUUCCUUCAGCAGCUCGUGUCGUUGGUCACCGUCCAGUGCUCGCGAAUGGCAUGGUCGGUCGACGACUGUUGCCAUGGCCAGCUCCAGCUCCAGCGACACCUGAGCCAGAGCCAGCAGCUGAGCCAGCAGCCGAGCCAGCAGCGUUCGAGCAACCAGUGCAUGUUGAUCGAGGGCUCAUUCCAUACACCAUUCGUCAGCAAAUCAAGGCUCUCAAACGCAUCGCUGGCUGGACCUUUGCUCGCAUUGCAGCUGCUCUUGAUGAGCCAUAUACCACCGUUCAGAGGGUGGCGAAUGAGGCAGCAACACCUGGUCGACACCUUCACAGUCACCUGCACGGACUGCGUCAGUUUGGCACCCCUGUGGCCAACCGGAUCAUCGACUAUGUCACUGGCAGCGCAGAAGGACGCAGAGCGACCUAUCAGCAGAUCAAAGAGCAGCUCGAAUUGGUAUGCUCGGUCGACACCAUUCGCCGCAGGCUCAACGAGCGUGGAUACUUCAAGCGAGUGGCCAAACGAGCGCCGUUCUUGGAUGCUGAUGGACUCGAUUUAAGGCCACAGUUCGGUCAGUGGUGCAUUGAUCAGAGCAACAAUGGCCGGACCUUCCAGUUCGGUGAUUCAGCUGCGUUUGGCCAAGGUGGUCAACAGAAGUUUCUGGUUAUUCGUCGUGCUGAUGAGGUGUUUGAUCCGGACUGUCUUGGGCCAAAAUACCGGCGCCAGAAGACGCAGCUGGUGUUUGGCUUCAUCUGCGGUAACAAGAAGAGCAGACUCAUCUUCUGGAACAAUCAAUGGGGCAAGAUGACCGCUGCGAGCCUGAAGGAGCAUGUGAUACCAGAGCUGCACCGCUUUUGGCGUGAGUGUGGUGAUGCAGAGGCUGCGUUGCGACUGCAAGAGCAAUUCGACAGCGGUGUCGAAUCCUUCGAGAGCGCCUUCGAGACAAUUGACGGCCGCUUUGGAAGCCCAACACCUGUGGCCGAGGACGCCAUUGUCGACGAUGCUGUCAACGGUGAUGUGGAUAUCUCGGUCACCCACGAUGCCAUGCCAAUGCUCAUGCUGGACGGUGCAUCGGUCCACAAAGCUCCAGCCUUCCGCAACGAGCUGGAUCGCCUUGAGAUCCCUCACAGUCUCGACGUCUGGCCAGCCAAUUCACCAGACCUCAAUCCAAUUGAGAACGUGUGGGCCAUUAUGAAGUAUCGCCUGAAUCGUUUCUACCCAUUGCCGUCGACUCCAGAGGUCCACAGACAGCAAAUCCAAGAGGUAUGGGACUCGCUGACGGAGCACGAUAUCGGUCGGAUUACGGGCUCGUUUCGGUCGCGUUGCGAGAAGGUGAUUGCGCGUAAAGGUCGCCACACGGGCUAUUGAUGCCGGCGAAUCGAUUGGGAGCGGUUUCGAGAUGGUGGUGUUGGUGGUUGUGGAGCGGUGAGGGUGCGAAGUCAAGCUGAAUUUUCAGCUAUCCAUUCUUUCCCGGAUUUUGCUUUGUAAUCAAUUAGUUCGUCAAGUGAAGUCAGAUAGACUGAUUUAAUUGGCUCGCUUAACGCGGGCCGCACCUUCCGUCGGCCUCAAUCACACCAAGGGU